AUGGAGCCUACGUUAUUCAAAAUGACAACAACAGAGCGGCUAAAGAGUGCUGAAACUAUGGAAGAGGUGCUGCAAAUCUUGAAAAUAACUGAUUAUUUACCGAAUUUCCAGAGCGCAAACAUCGUUCAAGCAUCUGCCUUAACACUACUCAAAGAAGCCGAUUUGAAGGCUAUUGGUAUCGACAAUAUUGGGCGACAAAAACUGCUGAGAGCGAUUCGAUGUUUGUUGGAGAAUAUACCGGCUAAAGAUGAACUGUUACGAUGUCAAGUGGAGCUGAACGUGAAGCGCAAUGAACUGGCACGGCUACAAAAACGGGCCAAGAUCACUAAAGAACUCUUCGAAAUGGUGGAUCUGACAAAACAACGAAUGACCACUCUGCGAAAGAGGGUAAGACCGUGCGCCAGUCCAUCGCUGUUGCAAAUGGCUACUGAGAUGGAGCGCAUACUGAAUGAUGUUAUCAUUGCGAUUCAUCAGGCCGAAACUUGUAUUCCUUCUGAAGAAGUUUCGUAG